GCUGAAGGACUCAUGGUUGAGCUGACACUGACAUCUUGCUACGGUUAUGUUGAGCAGUGCUGUGACUUUGUGUAUAAGCAUCUCUCAGCGAUGCAGAAGCUGAGGUAUCUGGUUGCCCUGAGGACUGUAGGAUGGCUGUUGCGUCAGUGAUGUUUGCUGCUGCAAGAUUUUCUGAUCUACCAGAGUUACGUGACCUUCGACAAGUAUUUCAGGAAAGAUAUGGGAAUUCCCUCGAAUGUUAUGUCAAUCAAGAGUUUGCUGCAAAUUUGAAUUUCAAGUCCUCUACAUUGGAGAAGAAGGCCUGGUUGAUGCAAGAGAUUGCAUCUGAGUAUUCAAUAAACUGGGACUCCAAGGCUUUCAAACUGAGGAUGUCGAGAUCCUCUGCUGCACAGAACCACAAUACUUGUAUGUCUAAUCAUUUGACGGAUCAUGGUACAUUAUCACAUGGCAAGGAUUUUACCCAAAGAGAAGUAAGGAAUGAUGUUCUGUUAGAGAAAAUUCAUGAUCGUAGAAAUGAUGGGUGCAUAUUUCAGAAUGGCAAGGAAGCUGUUGUCUUAAACCGACUUGAUCAUGAUCUUCAGUCUAAAUCCACACUCCCUGGAAAUGGGUACAAGCCCCUAAAUGGUCGGGAAGUCCCUCAGAAAAGGGAUGGCCAUGAUAAUCAACUAACAGGGAGGCAAGCGAUUACUGUUGAUAAGAGUGAUAGAAGCUAUUGGAAGGAGGGUAGUAUGCUAAAACCGAUUGGACAUUCAUCUCAGGAGAAAACAGUGACACAAUUUGAAGAUGGUUCCAAGCUGGAUAAUACUUGGGGAAAUACCACCCUUCCAAGAGAAAACCAGGGUAGGGUACUAAAACCGAUUGGGCAUUCAUCUCAGGAGAAAACAGUGGAACAAUUUGAAGCUGGUUCCAAGCUGCAUAAUAGUUGGGGGAAUACCACCCCUCUAAGAGAAAACCAGGGUAUUAUGCUAAAAACAAUUGGACAUUCAGCUCAGAAGAAAGCAGUGGAACAAUUUGAAGGUGGUUCCAAGCUGCAUGAUAAUUGGGGGAAUACCACCCCUCUAAGAGAAAACCAGGAGACUACUGCUGCUAGGAAGUCUCCUAGUCAUGCCAGAGUGCAUUUCAAGAGUAAUGUGUAUGACCCAUUUGCUAUUAACCAUGUUAGCCUACCCGAUACUGAUAAAUCUGAGAGAAAAAUGCAAAGGGAUGAAACACUUGCGCCGAAGCCCUGCUAUAGUAAUGCCAUUCCACCUCCAUAUGUUAAACAUCCUAACUCUAAGAAGCAGAACAGCACACGGGGAGCCAAUAUGGUAUCUUCACAUGCUGACAAUGAUGGCAUGUCUAAAUAUCAUUCAGUACAUGACAAACCUAAUGCCGCUUCUAUGUCAGAGAGGAUUCAAAUAGGUUUGGAUAAUUCUGACCUUGAUUGGCAGGGCAGUAGACAUGAGAGGCUGAGCACGCAGAAUCGUGAAAAAGAAAUCUCUUUUAGUGAAGAUUCUGAAGAAGUGGCUGUGGGAAAACAAAAAUCUAUGAGGCGAAAGCACUCAAAAUCACGACCUAGUUACUAUGAUGCCUCUAAUGAAGAUUCUGGACUCGAAAGAAAAUCGAGAAGCAGAAGCAGGAGAAGAGAUGAAUCAAGACGUGGUCUGCAAACUUGCUUUGAUGAUGAACGGUAUCAAAAUGUCGCAGAGGAAAGGAUAAUAGAUAAAUUACUGAUCCAUUAUAGCAAAAAACCAUCCAUCCUUGUGCCUGAAAAAUUAAGAAGGAACUCUAAAACUCACCAUGUGCGCCUAGUGGAUAAGUCAACCAGUGAGUUACUGCAGAAUGGAAGCACAGAUGGAUCUGAUGAGACGCCAGAGAUGGUUACUCUCGCACCACGUUCAGUUUCCCUUCCUCGUGAGCAACAUGAAGGUGUGGAAAUUAAGAAAGUAUUCACUCGUGCUGCUACAUUUGAGCCAAUUAGAUCACACGAAGCUCGGCAUGUGCAUCCUAAGUUACCUGACUAUGAUGAUUUAGCAGCUAGGUUUGCGGCCUUAAGAGAAAGAUGAAGGAUUUAAGUAAUAUGAAUAAUUUCUUCUUUUAUCGCCAUGAUUGCACUCAUUAUGAUCAUCACGUUUUUAUCUCCUAUAAUGUUUGAACCUGAAAUUGUUGAAGAUUCUAUGGUGCUUCUUUUAUUGCAAAUGGUUGACUACUUUGGAGCUCGACUAAAUCAUCGUAGAUGGUCCCGUCUGUGUGGUUGACAGUAGUAAGUCUUCCAUCAUCUUACCGAUGCAUGCCCCUACAGGUUACACGCAACAUUUAUUUCAAGUUUUGCCUUUUAUGACUGUAAAAGUGUUUGUACCAAAAUACUAUGGUGUUCCUACUUUCUUCCGGGUGAGGAACGAGGAUAAAAUAUGUUGAGAUUUGCUAUUGGUUCAGAGCUCUUACUCACCCCUAUUCUUUUUUACAGACAAUGGCGUUCAUUUAUACAUUCAUUGUUUAGUAUUUAUGUAAUAUUUAUUAUUUAAUUACACAAGUAUUUUUUAAUUCUGUAACUUCACAUUAAUUUAGUGACUUAUCUCAAGCUUCAAUGCAUGACUGUGGCAUGUGGUUAAAGUUGUACUAAAGGGCAUCUCGAGUGUGUGACUUCCAAUUUCAAGGAACAACUCAGAAAAAGGAAAAACAGUGAAAUUAAUCUACAGGAAUGUAUCGGUGUAAAGCUUUAGUUAGUUUUACCAUGUGAGCAUACGGCAGUAAAUUAACAAAUUGACUAUUCUGAACUGGAAUGUCAGAACUCAAAGUCCUAACUAGUUUCAGAACAAAAGCCUUUGUGUUCCCUAGGACCAUUUCUCCUUUUACUAUUAGCAUCCGUCUGCAUCCAAACCUCCUGUCAAAGAUAAAGGACUGUUUCCCGCCAAAAGGACUUGUUCAUCCUCCCCCUAUAUUACAGUGCUUCUUUUACCGCCACAUCCUACGAAAGAAGAGACACAGAAAGAGAGAGAGGUCAAAGUCCAUAGUCCAAAGAGAUGAAGGGAACAUCCAAAGUGAUUAUGGGUGCAACCUUGGUGAUGGUGGUGACCCUUGCAGUGGUCCUUGGCCUAAUAUUUGUGCUGCUAGCUGAACUCUACUGUUCUCUCUUACUUCGCCGGCGCCACCUCAGAAACAGCAACUCCAACACUAUUCUCACCACCCCCAUUCAACCCAUCACAACCAGAGUCAAUGCUUCUCCUUCACACGCAGCAUCACACCCCCAACAACAGUCAUCUCCGUUCAGUAGCAUCUAUGCACAAGGGGUCCUCCAAGCUCCAAGCAGCAUCCUUUUACCCGCAGUUUCUUGCAAAGAAGACAAAGCUGGGCCAAGGAAGCAACAUUCUAAGCUUCAUCAGCUUGUUCAAAUCCAAAUGCAAACCAAAGAAUCAGAUGCAAGCCUAUGUCAAGUUGUGGUUCAUCCAGAUUCUUCCCCACCACCAUCCUUCAUCUCCAAAGCUUCCCCAAAGCCAAUUCAUCAAGAUCCUCCUUUGGGUAGUUCCAGUGGCGGGGAACACCUUGUGUACAUUUCCAACCCCAUUUAUGAAAAUGAUGAGAGCCAAGGCAGCGGAGCAAAUACCCCAUUUGAGACACCAGACACUUCACCUUCACGUUUGGAAAGAAGUGGUUCCUCUGAGGAAGAUGAGGCACUCCCUUGUGUUACUACUCACUCACCUCCACUUACACCUCCUCUCACUCCAAUGAAGAAGCUCCCUGCAGAGGCUUGUUCUGUUUCUCUUAGAGAUGCUAGGUCCUUGGGCACUUCAGGCAGUGAUUCCCAUAGCAACAAUGGUCUCUCUUCUUCAGCCUCCGCUUCCCCUUGUACUUCUCCUUCUUGGUAAUUGUGAUUCUUCAAUGGUGUGGCUAGAUUGCUAGAGUAGAGCUAAAGCCUUUUUUUUUUUUUUGUUUGUUUCAUUGCGAGGGUAGUUUUGUAAAUGAAGUAAUAGUGGGGGUAGUGACUCGGAAGAACAAGAUCAAAAGUAGCAAUAGCAGCUGCUUAGCAUUUGAGAAAAAGCUAAGAGUACUUUCUUUUUGCAGGCGUGGCUAUCAUGGCGCUUCUGUUCUAGUAGCACUCAUGGCAACUCAACUUUUUUUACAUCUCAGCACUUUCUAGCUAAUUAUAUCAGGGAAAUGAACGGUCUUUAUUACCAUU